AGAGAGAAUAGUGUUUUGAGAAAAUAGUUAAUCCAGUUACUGAUGUGUGUCAAUAAGCUAAAAUCGUUCUGAGUCUCCUAAAAACAUCUUAAUCCCUGAAUAUUACGAAUACAAUAUAAUGUACUCGUCAUAUUCUCUAUGCAAAUGCCUCAUUUCUUUUUAUAUAUUGGCUAUACAACUCCUCAUAUGCAGCGUUUCAUCCCUGAAUAUUACGAAUGAAUAUCUUCACCACAAAUGCCGGGUUAACCAAGGAAAAUACCAGCAGGGAAGUAAAUACGAGAAAGACCUCAACUCUCUCAUCCGUUUCGUCGCCGACGAUAUUACACAGGGGUUCGUACACAGCUCUACUACUGAGGGUCGCAAUUCCACAACCAUCAUAUUCCAGUGUCGUGGGGACUCGUACAAGUCCAACUGUCGAACCUGCUACGACACAGCCGUCGCCGGGUUUCGUAAGAGAUGUCCGAGAAAUAAAGGGGGGAUAAUAUGGUACGACCAGUGUUUUCUCGAUAUUAGUAUGAUCAAUGACCAAGCCCCAAGGAAGAUGAAUUACAAGAAUACUUUCUCAAUGCAUAACCCAAACAAUGUGAGGGGGGAUACAAAGUUGUUCAACAAGAAGACAAAGGAAUUCUUACAACAGCUGACUAUGAAAGCUGAUAAGACGGGCCCGGACGGCGUCGAGUUUUUAUAUUAUGCGGCAGCAGAGGAGAGAAUCGGGAAACAAAAAGUGUAUGCAAUGGUGCAGUGUGCAAAAGACGUAGCUGACUGCCAGCCUUGUUUGGAAUGGAGUAUCAAUCAACUUUCGAAGUGUUGUGAUGGUAAAAAAGGAGCAAGAGUUUUGGGUACGAGUUGUAAUCUUAGGUAUGAGCUAUAUCCUUUUCUUAGGACUUAAAGACUCUUUGAUGAUGAUACAGAACUAAUUCUCUUGACAACUUCCAAUGAUGUUUCGUGCAGAUCGAACAACAUU